AUGGCUCCUCAGCAGCUCCCAGCACCUCCCAGCAGACUGGGCAGGAAUGGAGCUCCCUGCUCUUGGCACCUCCUGGAAGAGUGUGCCAGGGAUGUGUGGGAGUGCUGGAGCCUUGUCACAGGGCUCACUUCCAUUGUCUGCUCGCUGCCUGCUGCACUCCCCUCAGUUGAAAGUCUUAAGCACUUCUCAGAUUCAAACACGAAAAUGGGAGCUGAAAUAUUAAUUGCAGAGUUUUACAUUCCAACUGUCUUGUUUGUGGGCAUGGAAUUCAGCAAGAUUGUCACUGCUGCUUAUUAUGUGAGCAAGGACCUAAUUAUGAUUUCACAAUUUGUUUACUGGAUGCUCAGGAGUCAGAAGGUAACAAAAUGCAGUCCCAGCCUGAGGAAUUUGGGCACAGCCUGGAUUAGCUCUCCUGAUCUGAUUGAAAUGCCAGGUUUCAUUUGUGUCUGUGUCCUGGGCAGUAGAUUCCCCCAGCUCCAUAAAAACUUCAGAAGAGGAUGCACAGAAGGAACCUUUUACCUGCUCUUUGCCUUGGCCAUGAUGGGAAACUGCAGCUGUGGACUGAGCCUUGUUUUAAAGAUGCCAAAACCUGAAUCCUCCUGGGUGCUCUGCUUUGUUCACCACCUUCCCUGGCUCACUGGGAGCUUUGGAGUUUUCUUUCUUAACAUUUUUGUAUCAUCUUCCUGUUACAGCUAA